AUGGAAUCAAGCGACUCCGGCAAGUGGAAAGAAGCGUGUGACUCGGAGUUUGACUCGCUUCAGAGAAACGACACGUGGGAAAUCGUGCCUCUUCCGAAAGGUCGCAAGGCCAUCGGGUGCCGAUGGGUUUUUCGUGUAAAGGAGAAUCAAGAUGGCGAAGUUGAACGUUUCAAGGCAAGACUUGUGGCCAAAGGAUUCUCACAGAAAUUCGGAGUUGACUAUGAAGAAACUUUCGCACCGGUGGCCAAGUUCACAUCGAUUCGUGUGGUGCUCAGUAUGGCGGCCAAGUACGGCCUAAUGCUACAUCAGAUGGACGUCAAGACAGCGUUUCUUAACGGCUCCCUCAACGAAGACAUCUACAUGGACCAGCCGGACGGAUACCUGGAUGCAGCACAGCCGGACUAUGUGUGCAAGCUAAAGAGAUCACUCUACGGCUUGAAGCAAUCGCCUCGCAUGUGGAACCAAACAAUCGAUGGGUUCAUGAUCAAGAUGGGAUUCAAGAAGUGCGAAUCGGACCACUGCAUCUACAUCAAGCGAGACGACCAAGACAUGAUUCUCGUGGUGCUCUACGUCGAUGAUCUCAUCCUGGCCAGCAGCAACAACGAACUCUUCAAGUCGACCAAGAUGGCGCUGAGCAAACGCUUCGAAAUGACGGAUAUCGGUGAGCUCGAUUACUUUCUCGGCAUGGAGAUCAAGAACGACCGUAAGACGGGAAUGGUGACUGUGCAACAAACCAAGUUUCUCAAGUCGAUUUUGAUCAAGUUUGAUAUGCAUGACAGCAAGCCUGUGAAGACACCCCAAGAUCCUGGACUCAAGCUGGUCAAGAACAUGUGUGAAUAA